AUGCCCGUUCCGGACGUAUUCGUGUUUAAUCGCGCCAUAAUUGACUCGACAGCAGCGGUGGCCAGCGCCUACAAGCCCAAUCUGGCUUUCUACGAGGCCCUUGGGCUGCCUGGGAUGGAAGCGCUGGAGAGAACGGUCAGCCACAUCCGCGACGUCGCACCCGACGCGGUGAUCAUUGGAGACGCCAAGAGAGGUGACAUCGGGCCGUCCGCCAGGGCUUACGCAAAGGCCAUGUUCGGAUUCUGGGAUUUCGACGCGGUGACAGUAAACGCCUGGGGCGGCAGUGAUUCAAUCGAGCCAUUCCUCGAAGAUCCAACCAGAGGCGUGUUCGUAUGGUGCAGGGGUUCCAAUCCUGGGUCCGGCGACUUUCAGGACCUGCUGGUUGACGGCAAGGGUGAGGGCACACCACUCUACGAGGCAAUGGCGCGAGCCUGCGCCGACUGGAACACAAGUGGAAACAUCGGUUUGGUCGUGGGGGCGACGGUGCCCGGGCAGUUGGCGGCAGUCCGCAGUCUGUGCCCUGAUAUGCCGCUCUUAAUCCCAGGGGUUGGGGCGCAGGGUGGAGAAUUGGAAUCGGCAGUGCGGGCCGGUUGCGAUUCCAAGGGUCGGCUGGCUCUGAUCAAUUCGUCCCGUGGCGUAAUUUACGCCUCCCCUUCCGCAGACUUCGCCAGUGCGGCCAGUGAGGCGGCCAGUCGCCUGCGCGACAGCAUCAACCACGUGCUGGAACAGGAUGGUCUGGGAUGGCUCUCGAGCUGA